CUCGUCUAGUCACAGCGACACCUGCACACUCUCGAAGAGUCUCAGAGAAGCAGAGAGCAGACCCAUCAGGACCCACCAAGACCCACAAAGACCCACCAGCACCCACCAGGACCCGCCAAGACCCACCAAGACCCACCAGGACACACCAAGACCCACCAAGACCAACCAGGACCCAUCAAGACCCACCAAGACCCAUCAAGACCCACCAUGGCCUCUCGACUUUCAGCUCUGUUCUUCCUGGGUGUCAUCUGCCUCGGACUUGUGUCAGCUGAAAUCGCGGUGGACUGCUGCCUGCAGGUCUCCGGGAAACGGCUGCCCUUCAAAAACAUCGUGCGAUACAUCAUUCAGGACGCCGGGAAAGGCUGCGACAUUAGUGCCACUGUGUUCACCAUGAAGAACGGCCAGAAUCUCUGCGCCGAGCACCCGAGUGCAAACAAAUGGGUGAAAACCACCAUCCAGCGUUUGGACAAGCGACAGUGACCAACCUCUGGAGACGGUCGGCUCAUCGUUCCUUGCAGCUGCCGAGAAAAGACGAGUCUGAAUCCAGAGCCCAAGACCCAGAUUUCUGGUGAAGCUGAUGUAAAAAUGUUUUAGAGGGUCAACCUCCUGGUGUUGACGAGAACCCGCCACGUUUGUAUUAUUUAUGAUGAUAUUCUGUAUGUCUUCUCUUGCAACCGUCUUCAAACUGCCAGCAGAUUCGGUUGUGCAUGUUUCCUGUAAUUUAUGGGGACGUUAGUGAAACUCUGAGGCGGCCAGUAGCAGACGGAUCUGUGGUUUCUACCAUACCUGUGUGUGAUGCGCACACAUACAGGAAGUGGCAUUAACUUGCCUCAAUGGUGAAGGUAGAAACUGGCAGUGAGAAUGAAACGGUUGCUCGUUACAGUACUGUAAGCUGCUUGUGAAAAAACAUUUACUGUAUAUGGCUGAUUUGUGAUGAGAAAAUAAACUUUAAU